UCAGCCAACUUGUGUUCACCUGGAACUUGAAGUCUCUCAAACGACCCGUGGGUGGUCCUCAGACCUCACUUUGGUAACCCUCCUGCCUCAGCCUCAUGCAGUUUGAACUCCAUGAGAAGAUAACAUCUCCUGUCUAGGAGGAGAGCCAGGGUUGAACUGUGAGGGAGGCUUGGUCGCUGAAAAGGUGGAGUAAAUAGUGUGUGAAAAUACCAAAACAAGCGAUCCACAGGUGUGUCGGAUGAAAGAACAGAUUUGUCUCUUCGGUGCAGCUCGGAUAAUACGGUUUUGUGAUGGAGUGGCGCGAGCAGUCCGAGGUCAGCUGCGACGAGGCGUACUUGGAGGCACAGAGAUGGAUUGAGGCAGUAACCAAGAAAACACUUGGAAGCGACGACUUCCGAUCAGCGCUGGAGAAUGGAGUUCUGCUGUGUGAUUUGAUCAACAACAUCAAGCCUGGAAUCAUCAAGAGAGUUAACAGGCUGCCUACACCUAUAGCUGGACUGGACAACCUGAACGUCUUCCUCAAGGCCUGCGGGAAGUUAGGACUAAAGGAAGCGCAGCUCUUUCACCCAGGAGAUCUUCAAGAUUUAUCAACAAGAGUAACAGUCAAGCAUCAAGAGACCAACAGGAGACUGAAAAAUGUUUUGAUCACCAUAUACUGGCUGGGAAGAAGAGCUCAGUGUGACCGUAUCUAUGAUGGACCUUACCUGAAUUUGAAGGCAUUCGAGGGCUUAUUGGGCACAGCGCUAUACAAGGCUCUGCAGGAAUCGCCCAGUCAGAAAGGCAGCAGUGUCAGAGACAGCGGUUUUGGAGAUAGCUGGUACUCAGAGAGAGAGGAGCUCUUCCAACUGAGAGAAGGAGGAGGAGGAGGAGGAGGAGACAGACACCGGAGAGACGACUCCCUGGACAGCUUGGACUCUUUGGGCUCCCAACCCCAGAGCAUCUCAUCUGAGAUCACUCUUAAAGGCAGCGUCGAGGCUCCAGGUUUUUGCAGUGAUACCGAGGUAGACUCUGUCUUCAGGAUGGCUGAGAACAAGGACGGUCUUAGUUACCGGCGGUCAGUAGUCAUCACACCCAAGGCCACCGCCCAGUUCAACCAGUUCCUUCCCAGUAAAGACAAAGCGUCAGCCUACGUGCCGGCUCCGCUGAGGAAGAAACGGGCCGAGCGCAAUGAGGACCACCGGCGCAGCUGGGCCAACCCCAUAUACACAGAGGAUGAAGGCGCACUGACCAGCGACUGCUAUGGCCAAAGUCAAGUAUCCCAGAGUGCCUUGCCUGCGGCUCAUGUACCGUUGGCCUACGAGUAUGAAAGCGGCAGCGACUCUGACGCAGAACGACCGGACCCCGACCUUGUUCUGGACGACCUGGCCAGCAGACGCUUCCACAGCCCCUCCCCGGCUCCUCCAACCAACUUCGCCUUGCCCGCCACCCCCCUGGCAGCAGGAAGGGCACCUGCCGGUAGCGGGGGCCCCUGGCCUAAGGUCAAUAUGACCCCCAAUGUUGCCCCUCCACAGAAUGUGACCUGCCUCAGCAGCGGUGUCAACAGUGGGGAAAUGCAGCCCCCCCAGCAGGGCUCCGAGAAGGAGGACCACCGCCGGCCCGUGUCCACCGACAGCCUGUUCAGGGAGAUGUACGGUGACUCUGACGAUGAGGACGAGGAGGAGGGCUAUGCUGACCCCGUCCAAGAUGACCUCUACUCCCGCAAGAUGGGCAUCAAACCUCAGCCUGUUGCAAAAGUGUCUUAUGACAAGUUCUUACCAAAGUUCUGGAGCCCUGAAGAAGAAGUUCACAUACAGAAGAUUAAAAUGGGCUCUCAGAGGAGACCCUGGUACAAGAAGAUACAAGGCUUCAGCCAUAAGAAGUCGGGCUCUUCGUCAGAUGAUUCGGACUGUGACACCAGUCCUUGGCUCUCCUCCGCCCCCUCUCACUCCGGCCCCUCCCCCUCUCACUCCCACACACACGAGGCCUCGGCUCACACCACCCUCAUUGUGGGGAAAAGUCCUCAUAUUCAAGCACACACUCUCCCUCAGCUCCCCAAGAUACAGUCCCCUCUGUUAGAGACCCCCCCUCUGGUGUUUGCCCCAGUGGACCCUGCCUCGGGUCCCCGGCUGGUCAAAUGUGAGAGGUGGCCCCUCUUAGGGCGCCAAGACCCCAGGGAGCCCCCGGAUAUCUUUGAUUAUGAGAGCAUAAUCCCUGAUUUGGAGAAUGAUGACAUGUUUACCAGGCGAACCCUUACCUUCCAGUCCAACACAGACAUGGCUUUGAUGAAGACGCAGCUGUCUGCUCACCGUCGUCUCUACACCUCUGAGCCGCAACUCAACAUCAUCACCCAGCGACACGGCAUCACAGAGGAGAGUGAGUUCCCUGAUAUCGAGCAGGACGAUGUUGUUUAUCGUAAGGAGAAAUCUCAGAAGGAACAGCGGCCCCUCUCCGGUGCCCCUGACAACUACGCCCCUAUGUCCAUCCCAGAGCCAUGGGAUCUGCCUCCUGAGCUCAAAGCCAGACUCCUGUGCCCCCCAUGUCCUCUGAUCCAGGAGGUAGCAGCAAACAAACAGAAUGAGGAUGCGAAUGAGAUGCGUCCUAAAACGGAUGACAUGCUGGUCAGGAAAUGUGGAGUUUGUUCUGAUCAGAGCCAGAGCUCUCUGAUGACGCCCUCAGUGCCUUCUUUCUGUAGUGAAGGUGACCUGCAGAAAUGGAAGGCUAUCAGGGUAGCCAGUCAGCUGAGACAUAGGAAGAGGCUCAUGGUGGAGAGGCUGGCUGCUCUGAGCUCUGAUAUGAAGACGAGUAAAUCAACAAGUGAUAUCCAGGUUGAUCCCAGCGUCAACCGGCAGGUUCGAUACGAAGAGCUUCAGCAGGUUCGUGAGAAGACAAAGGAAAGUGAUGAUCAGUGGCAGGAUGACCUGAGCAAAUGGAAGAACCGACGCAGGAGUGUCAACUCUAAUAUCGUGAAGAAGAAAGAGGAAAGGGAGAAGGUAGAGGAGACUACGUACAGCAGCGACAACAGAAGGUCCAAGACCCUCAAGGAGAUGCAAGAGGAGAGAGGAAAUAAAGGAAGGAACAGCAUCGGCAGCCGUAUAUCAUCUCUGUCUUACCCGGACGACGACGAAGUCUUUGAUAAACCUGUCACUUCCCCACGUAUCCGAACCCUUCCUGCCAGGAGCUACACUAUUGACACUCCUUACCAUUCCUCUGAGCCUUCUCUGAAAGAGGUCGAACCCCCCGCUGCCUCCCCAGCUGCUAGCAGGGCCGCCUCCCCUCCAACCUCACGGGAAGUUGACAUUGUGGAUAGAUCUGCAGGCAGCUACGCCACAACCACCAAUACUCCCACCUUCACUCCCAGAAGCUGCAGAUCUCCUUCUCCAGCACCUAUAGAGAGGAGUCCUGUCACAGAACGCAACAGCACAAUCAAGACAGAGGAGACCACCACCAACUUCACCCCCUCCUUCACUCCCAGCAGCCGCAGACCUCCUUCUCCAGCACCUUUUGAGAGGAGUCCUGUCACAGAACGCAAAAACACAGUCAAAACAGAGGAGACCACAACCACCUUGAUCCCCUCUUUGAUUCCCAGCAUCCCUCCCAGUAUCCGCAGAUCGCAUUCUCCAACUUUUGCACCUUUAAAGUGGAGUCCAGUCACAGAACGCAAAAGCAGAGUCAAGACAGAGGAGACCACAACCACAGUCAUCUCCUCUUCUAGCUCCGUACAAAAGGUGCCGGAGCCUAGGCGCCCAUUGUCGCGCAUACAGACUGAGGUGGGGGCCCCCUCCUCUGGUUUUCUGUACAAACAACAACCACAGACCAGCUCGAUGGAACCCAAGCCUCCCGGGGUGUCUCAUGUUUCCGCCUCCCUCCCCAGGAGCUACCAGAAAUCGGAUAGCGCACGUAUAACCUCAGUUGUCACGGCAAGGCCCUUCGGGACCCAGUCGUCCCGCCUCAGCUCCCUGCCCCGUCCAUUCAUAGCCGGACAGACGGACACCGCUCAGAAGCGUGUCAACGGCAGCGCAGAUGUUUCUAAGAAGCCGCCGGUGCAGAGCCGCUAUCAACAGUUCAUGACCUCUGAGGACGAGGCUCAAUCUCAGUCCAGCUCAGUCCACAGCAGUGACGACGAGGAGGACGAGGAAGAAGAAGAGAAGACCACAGUGAAGGGCAUGACCUCUACUAAGAGUGUCUCACCUGUCCCUCCUCAAUUCAAGAGUGAAACUCCAGUCAGUCCUGCUCCUGCCAAAGAAACUAGCCAGGAGAACUACUCUGAGAUGCGGAUCAGCCUGAACCAGAAGCCUAACAGCAGCAAAGACUUUGGCUUCCAGGCAGUGUGGGACUCGACAGGAGCUCGUGUCACCACCAUCCAGCCAGGCAGUCCUGCAGAGAUUCAGGUGGGAGACAAGGUGCUGGCGGUGAACGGGCAGCAGGUGGCAGAAAUGAGCUACACAGAGUGGAAGUCCUGCAUGGAGGAGGCUCUUCACGAAGGCAGUCUGGUCAUGGAUAUACGCCAUCAUGGCAAGAACAACUGGGACACAGAUCAACCUUCCCUGCCAUAUAAAAGCCAUAAGAUCAUCAAUCUGACGAGUAUGGAUCAUCCGACACUUCUAGGUUCCUCUGACUCAAACACUGUCAGCUCCAGCCUGGAUUUCACCUCACGCACUUCCAUGGAAAAGCUGGCAACCAAAGAGGCCCCCGCCUGCCCCGUCAUCGAUGUGGCUUCAAACAGAGUUAAUGGAGGUUUCCUUGAGCAGCCGGUGACCAUGAGGAACAAAGAGUCAGAACCCAUAUCUUUGAAAAACUUAAAACGGAGGUCAGAGUUUUUUGAAAAAGGUGGCUCAGGGUCCAGUGUCAGUGCGCUGGUCUACCUCUGUGGAGGAUCAGAGUCUGCAAUGCCAGAUAUUCUUGUUCCCCCAAUCAUUCCUUCCAGCCGCUGGUCCUGGGACCCCGAAGAGGAGCGCAAAAGACAGGAGAAAUGGCAGAAGGAGCAGGAGCGCCUCCUACAGGAGAAAUAUAAGCGCGACCAGGAGAAGAUGCAGGAGGAGUGGAUGAAGGCUCAGCAGGACGUGGCCGACAGCGUAGAAGAAGAAGAGGAGCCAGAGAGCCUGGUGGUGGACAGACACAGCCUCAGCCCACACUCACCCGUCUCCCCCUUCAACCAGCCAGCCUUUCCUUCAUGGGAGGAGGAAGAGAGAAAGAGGAAAGCGGAACAGGAGCGCCAAAGGCUGGAGGAAGAGCGGGAACGCCAAAGACAGGCGGAGGAGCAGGAGCGCCAAAGGCAGGCGGAGGAGAGGAGGAAGAGGGAGGAGGAGGAGCGUGAGCUGCUGCGUCUUCAGGAGGAGAGAAAGCAGAAAGAAAGGCAGGAGGAAGAGGAGAGAAAGAUGAGGGAGGAGGAAGAGCUGAGAUGGCAGAAGAGGAGAGAGGAGGAGAGGCGACAGGAAGUUGCAGAGCAUCAGCGCAGAGAGCAGGAGAGAGCCCUGCAGCAGCAGCAGCAGUGGGCUGGUGACUCCCAUGACUUUGCUAAUGUCCAGCCGUCUCUGUCCUUUACAGACAGGACGAAAUCUCAAUCAUCUCCCCAGCUCGAUGAAGAGGAAAAACCUCAGAGAAAAGGUGUUUAUAUGCAGCGGGGGGGCAUGGCUCACUGGCUGCUGGAAGAGCAGGCGAGGAAUGCGAGUCAACAGGCCCAGAGUCAGCGGGCUGCGUCAGAGCUGGAGAUGGAGAGGAGGAACAUCCUCAAUGCCAUGAGAUACAGAGAGCCGGAGAAAGUGACAGGCGGUGUUGUGGGGGACAGGAUGGGAAAGCAGUCCCAGUCCCAGGCGGAGCUGGAGCGCCAGCAGAUCCUGAACGAGAUGAAGAAGAAGACUCCGAUGCUGAGGGACAAAAGCUGGAUCCGCCAGAACUCAGCCGCCAUCGGCACCACCCAGGAGUCCCACGCACCCUCAAUGCGCAGAGGUGAGUCUCUUGACAACUUGGACACCUCCUACAACUCCUGGCGCUCCUCAUGGACCCCCAGAAGCACCUCCCACAUCCCAAACUACUCUGCGCCGUACUCUGGUGGCCCUUCCCUUUAUGGUGGUGGUAUUGGGGGCCAGCGUCCUGUCUCCUCCACCCUGCCUUCCUCCUACUCCAUGGGCUCCCUCCGAGGCGGGGCAGGACCCCCCUCGUCCCCUUGGUCCCGGCAGUCUUCUUCCCCUUCUCCUUCCUCUCCAUCACCUGCCACUUCUCCAGAGCCCACGUCAGAGGCAGGCGCCCCUCAGCAGCGCAACAGGUCAGUGAGUGGCAAGAAAAUCUGUACGUUCUGUGACACCCCGCUGGGAAAGGGAGCAGCCAUGAUCAUCGAGUCCCUCGGGCUCUGUUAUCAUUUGACCUGUUUUAAGUGCAUCGACUGUAAGUCUGAACUCGGGGGAUCGGAGGCUGGGGCUGAAGUCAGAAUACGAAACAAACAGCUCCACUGUAACUCCUGCUACAUCCGGUAUAAAGUUGGCCAGCCAACCUCUAUGUGACGUGACUGUCCUCCAGCAGAUCGAUGAAGAGACUACUUGUGACAACAACCCAUGAACAUUUAAGGGAACGUUGAAGCCAUUGCAAAUAGCUGGGACACUUGGUAUGGACAUGUUUCCAUUAAUGAAAAUCUCAGUUGCCUCGCUGAUGAGAAUUAUAUUCGUGUGUGAUUGAGAGGGUAAGCUUGCAAAGAAGUUAUCUACUUUAAUGUUUAUAUCAUAUUAAGUAUUACACAAUGAAAGGGUUCUGCAUGCGCCAGAGUUAUUAAAUGUUUAAGCCACAAAACGAGUCAAUACGUUAAAUUGUAAGAUUGUUUAUGAUCUUUGUUAUGACCUUCGCUUAUAAAGAUAUUAGAGAUCUUGAGAGAGCUUUAAAGAUUUCAAUCUCCUCUUACACAUGCUUUUAUUUCCGCUCAGUCUUGUGGUAUUAACAUGUUUAUUUGUUUUGUUUGUAACAGGGAAAAGUAAUUAAGAUUACUCUAUUAGCAUUCUUGCAAAACCUAUUUAAAACCGUCUGCUUGGAUAGCACUUGUCUGGAGUUUUCACUUGUACACACAAGCAGGUUUUCGUGUAAAGAAUAUAUAAUACUGAAUGGCAUUGAGGCAAACCGUAACAUUUGUAAAUAAAAUGACUAUAUGUC